AUGAUCAAGUCAAGAGCCGUCGUGGGGUUAUCACCACCACUUCAAGCCAUCAUCAACAAUGAAAACAAAAGCUUGACAUGUUCUCUGUUGGCUUGUGCAAGCUUGAACAGAUCAAACGCCAGAAAAUCAUCACCCAUGAAAAUGUCUUCCUCAUUCCGUAAUUUCCAUUUCAAUACCAUGGUGAACACAACAACAAAAUCCAAAUUACCAAUCUAUGACAUUCCUGUAUCAUUUGAAGAGAGUUACAAAAUGUCCAUUGAUUUUGUGAAUGGUGGAGCUGAAAAGUUUUGGGCCACACAGGCUGCACAACUUUCUUGGAUAAAACCAUAUCAACGAGUGUUGAAUAAUGAUAAUCCUCCUUUCAUUAAAUGGUUUGAAGGAGGUGAAAUUAAUGCUUGUUACAAUUGUUUGGACGUUCAUGUGGAAGCUGGAAAAGGAGAUCGUAUUGCCUUCAUUUAUGAUAGUCCUGUUUCUACAAAUCAUAACAAUGGUCAACCAGUGGUUCAGAAAAUUACCUAUGCUAAAUUAUUGGAAAAUGUACAAUUAUUAUCCAAUGUGUUGAAAACAAAAUUUAACAUUCAGAGAGGUGACAGAGUGGUUAUUUACAUGCCAAUGGUGCCUCAAGCUUUGGAAGCAAUGCUUGCAUGUCAAAGAGUUGGUGCCAUUCACUCGGUCGUAUUUGGAGGUUUCCAAGCUCAUGAACUUGCAAUCCGUAUUCAAGAUGCUCAGCCAAAAUUGGUCAUUUCUGCUUCGCAUGGCCUUGAAGGUAUGAAUAAGGUCAUUGAUUACAAGGUCAUUCUUGAUGAGGCCUUUGAGAAAGCAGGCAAUGCUGCAGUUGGAUUAAAGUCACUCGUUUACCAGAGAACAUUUUUACCAAAAGUGACACUUAAGGAAGGACGAGAUUAUGACUGGGAUUCCAUGGUCUAUGCAAAGGAUAACAAACCCAUGAAGGAAGUUGUUCCAGUACCAUCAGACGAUCCAAUGUACUUGCUAUACACAAGUGGGAGUACCGGAAAACCAAAGGGCGUUGUGAGACCAUUGGCAGCUCACUUGGUAGCUCUUAAAUGGUCCAUGAAUGCAGUAUUUGGAAUGAAUGAGGGUGACACAUUUCUUGCUACCUCUGAUUUAGGAUGGGUUGUGGGUUCAAGUUAUAUUUGUUAUGGCCCAUUACUCAAAGGAUGUACCAGCAUUCUUUAUGAAGGUAAACCAGUGGGUACUCCUGACGCUAGUGCCAUCUGGAGAGUAAUUUCACAACAUGGAGUCAAUGUCAUUUUCAUUGCUCCUACUGGUGUAAGAGCUAUCAAGAAGGAAGACAUUACUGGUCAACACAUUAAAUCAUUUGAUUUGAGCGCUUUGAGGGCCUUAUUUGUUGCAGGUGAAAGAUGUGACACGAACACCUUGUUUUGGCUGCAACAACAUACCAACAGACCAAUUAUUGACAAUUACUGGCAAACAGAGACAGGUUCACCCAUUUGUAGUGUCAUGCUUGGUUAUGAAAAGGAUUAUUCCAAGAUUAAGGUUGCACCAGGAUCUUGCAACAAACCAGUUCAUGGAUGGAAUAUCAAGAUUCUUCCUAUUGAACAGGCAGACAAGGGAGAUGACGCAACUCUGUUAUCUGAAUUAGCUGCUCACAAUGAAGGAUAUAUUGUAGCAAAAUGUCCUUUGCCUCCAGGCGUGAUGAGUACAUUAUGGGGAAAUCCUCAAAGAUUUGUUGAGGGCUAUUUCAAAACCUUCAAUGGAUAUUACAAAACUGGUGACGCUGGCCAUAUGGAUGCUCAAGGAAAUUUAUAUGUCAUGACAAGAACCGACGAUAUUAUUAAUGUAUCUGCCCACAGAUUAAGCACGGCAGAGAUUGAAGAAAUUUUAUUGUCACUCCCUCAGGUGGCUGAGGCAGCUGUUGUGGGCGUACAUGACGAUUUGAAAGGCCAAGUACCUUUGGGAUUUGUUGUGUUAAAUGAACAAUACAAGAAUGUACCAAGAAUGGAAAUUGAGAAGAAGUGUAUUGAAAUUAUUAGAAAGGAAAUCGGUCCAAUCGCCGUAUUCAAGAUUGUCAUUGUAUGUCCAAAGCUACCAAAGACUCGUUCUGGAAAAGUACUGAGAGGUAUUUUGAGACACAUGGCUGAUGGCGAGCCAUUUGCAUUUCCUUCAACGAUUGAAGAUGCCAGUGUGUUGGAUGAAAUCAAGACGAUUCUCGCACAACAUGGUCUUCCAAAAACGAAGACUGACUAG